GACAUUGUCAUUUGAGCAACGCACAACGCAAGGAAGAAUCCGAAUUCUUUGUCGACCAAAGCAGAAUUUCAAUCCCAGGCAAAAAAGAACAAGAAUAAUCGCAUAGAAGAGGAACCGAAAGAAAACGAACCAUGCCGAUCCAUACCGCUCGUCACCGAACACCCAUCUCCGUCGUCGCUUUUGCUUUGUUGCUUUCGAUCGGCAGCACACGCAGCAACAGACAAGUCCUCGCCGCUCCAGCCCCAACGUGCCAAAGCUUCGGCGAGAGCUGGUAUUUCCCCAACAGUUGCGUGGCCGACUGCACCGCACAAUCCGACGGAAGCAGCACGAUGGACACGGAUCGAUCCCGAAACGUGAACGGAGAUUUAAAGUGCUAUUGUACCGGUCGGGAAUCCCCUCUCUGCGCCGACGAUCCCAUGUGUUCCGACCUAGAAAUCCUCCCGGGAUCCGCCAAGGAGAGCUGCGAGGCGGUUUGCGGAAGCAGCGGCGGUUCGUCGGACGUAGUAGUAGUAGACGACGUGGAGUACGCGGGCGACGCUUCCGCGGCCAACAAGAACCAGACCCACUUUCGGGUGGGAUGCUCGUGCGAUGGGGGUGCCACACAGGUAUGCGGCACCGACUACGUCCUCUUUAGCGACCUUACCUACCUCAAGUGGUGCACUAGAAAAGCCGACAACAACAGCCUACAGAUCAAAUCGGCCGAAGCCUGCGACGCCUACUGCACAAAGACCAACCCCCUGUUCGACGGGGGAAUCUGGAACGACAGCGCCAAAUCAUGUGCCUGCAAAGAAGACUCGAUGGAAGUUUCUGCCGUGGCUUGCGACGACUCGUCCRCCAAUACCAACGACGGGAGUGGCCUGGGCAAUCCCUGCUAUGAAAAUGUGGGUGUGUCGACCGCCGAUUGCUCGUCGUCGUCGAACGCAAACGGGGAACAACCAUCCACUACCCAGACACUGGUGUCAUCGGCUGCGAUCAUGGGAAUCUGGCUGCUGCCGUGGUAAAUGGGAAAAAGAAAAAAGGAAUACUAAAACCAAGCUUGACAA